UCUUCUAGUGUGCUCGUCGUUGUGCUCCAAGCCUUAAGAGUCGGUUGACCACAUUCCAAGUGGUGUUCGGUGUUUGGGCUAAUAAAAGGAUCGACAAGUGGAGAGACGCGCAAGGACAUCUAAGCAGUGCAAUGCUGAAGAUAUUUCUGCUGAGCGCUGCGCUGGGCAUUGCCUAUGCAGGCGUUAUUGGACCCGGGCCCUACUAUGGUGGCCCGGCUGGACCUUUACAUGCCUAUGCAAGUUAUGGUCCACAUCACGGACCACCGCAAUACUUGGCACCUGCUCCAGCACCCAAGCCAGCACCGGAACCGUACGAUGCUGAUCCCAAGUACUCCUUUGGCUAUGACAUACAGGAUGGCUACACCGGCGAUCUGAAGAGCCAGCAUGAAACACGCCAUGGCGAUGUGGUCAAGGGCAGCUAUUCGGUUGUGGAUCCGGAUGGCACCAAGCGCACCGUUGACUACACAGCCGAUCCCCAUAAUGGCUUCAAUGCAGUUGUGCGUAAGGAGCCGCUAGCCUACAAGCAUCUGGCUGGGCCAGCACCUGGACCGCAUGGUCCAGUUGCAGGACCGGCGCCAGCACCUCCGUUGCCGCCAGUACCCAAGCCCUCGCUACCAUUGCUCUCCUAUCCAUAUGCCUUGAGCGCUUUACAUCAUGGAGGACCAGCACCCGCUCCAGCACCAGCACCUGCUCCUGCUCCCGCACCAGGACCCGUGGCUCCCGUUCACCUGCCCACCGCACACUUCCAAGCCGCCUAUCCUGCCCUUGCCCAUUCUCCGUACGCACACUAUCCCGCCGCUGACCCACAUGCCUACUAUCACCACUGAGUUCGACAAGCAUUUGGCAACUAGAAGUCGAUCUAGCACUCCAGCUUCUCCUGUUCUUUGCUUUGACUUGACUGCUCAAUUAUAUUCUUAACAUCUAUUUCUUUGACUUUAUGCUUUCCUCCAUAUCAUCUACUCCCUAAACGGUCUACUCUAUCCAUUGUUGUGUUCGUCGUUGGAUGUUGGUUUUACGUACAUACAAACAUAUAUUUUGUUCUCAAUACGCGGGCUUAUCUCAUAAGUUUAACUUAAUAUAUAGGUUCACAUACUAUGUUGGUUAUGUGAUGUUAUAUUUCAAGUAGAAGCUUAAUUUCGCGGCUAAGGUAUUUGAACUUGAAAUAAUAAUAAAAAUUUAAA